GCCCUCGGCAGUGGGCGGAGCCGCGCGGAGCCGCCGCACGCGAGCCCGGAGGGGCCGGGGCUGCCGCAGCGCCCGCGCCCGCCCGUCCCGCACCGUCCCGCACCGUCCCGCACCGCGCUCGGCCGCGCUGCCCCGGCCCGGCCCGCUCCGCCCCGCUGCGGCCGGUUGUCUCCAGCGGCCCCUGCAAGGCUUCCCCAGCUGGGCAGUGCGUGGAGGCUGGGCAGUCCCUGACCCACCAUGACUUUCAAGCAAGCAUCCAUGAUGGCUCCGGAGGCUGUGGCCACCACAAUGCCCAUGGCGACAAUGGAGAACUCCACUGAGGCUGCGGGCCCGGGUGAGAGCAAAGAGGACAUGUUCGCCAAGCUGAGGGAGAAGUUCAUGAACGAGCUGAAAAGUAUUCCCUUGCCGUCCUGGGCCCUCAUCGCCAUUGCUGUGGUAGCUGGGCUGCUUAUCCUCACCUGUUGCUUCUGUAUCUGCAAGAAGUGCUGCUGUAAGAAGAAGAAGAACAAGAAGGAGAAGGGCAAAGGCAUGAAGAAUGCAAUGAACAUGAAGGACAUGAAAUCGGGGAACCAGGACCAACAGGAUGACGAUGAUGCGGAAAUGGGCCUGACGGAGGGGGAAGGUGAGGAGGAGGAGAAGGAGCCAGAGAACCUGGGCAAGCUGCAGUUCUCGCUGGACUAUGAUUUCCAGGCAAACCAGCUGACAGUGGGGAUCCUCCAAGCUGCCGAACUGCCAGCCCUGGACAUGGGUGGCACCUCGGACCCAUACGUCAAGGUGUUCCUGCUCCCCGACAAGAAGAAGAAAUACGAGACCAAAGUGCAAAAGAAGACACUCAACCCUGCCUUCAAUGAGACCUUCACCUUCAAGGUCCCCUACCAGGAGCUGGGUGGGAAGACACUGGUGAUGGCCAUCUACGACUUUGAUCGCUUCUCCAAGCAUGACAUCAUCGGUGAAGUGAAAGUGCCCAUGAACACGGUGGACCUGGGCCAGCCUAUCGAGGAGUGGCGGGACCUGCAGAGUGGCGAGAAGGAGGAGCCAGAGAAGCUAGGAGAUAUUUGCAUCUCCCUCCGGUACGUGCCCACUGCUGGGAAACUCACCGUCUGCAUCCUGGAAGCCAAGAACCUGAAGAAGAUGGACGUUGGGGGUCUCUCAGAUCCCUACGUGAAGAUCCACCUGCUGCAGAAUGGCAAGAGGUUGAAGAAGAAGAAGACCACAGUCAAGAAGAAGACUUUGAACCCCUACUUCAAUGAGUCCUUCAGCUUUGAGAUCCCCUUCGAGCAGAUACAGAAAGUGCAGGUGGUCAUCACAGUCCUCGAUUACGACAAGCUGGGGAAGAAUGAAGCCAUCGGCAAGAUAUUCACGGGCUGCAAUUCCACGGGCACGGAGCUGCGGCACUGGUCCGACAUGCUGGCCAACCCCCGGCGGCCCAUUGCCCAGUGGCACUCGCUGAAGCCGGAGGAGGAAGUAGAUGCAGCUCUUGGGAAAAACAAAUAGGAAGAUCUGCCGGCCGGCGCAGCACGGGCCUGUGGACAUUUUAAGUGACCCCCGAGCUAUCGAUACCUCAGUUACGCAAUCUUUGGUUUUGUUUUUUGUUUUAAGCUGAAAUACCCUUUGAAGGCUGUGGAAGGGUUUUCAGACAGUCCCAAUAGCUUCCAGGGGAAGAGGUUAAAGACAUGGAUGGUUCUUUUUGUUCUUCAGCAUCGCUCUGUUCUGCUGCAUGACCCAUUGCCUCCACAUACCAUCCCUUCCAGGAUGCGAAGCAGCUGUCAGUCCUGGGACCUUCCCAGGUCGCAGCAUCACCAGCCCACAGCAACGUUUCCUCCAUCCUUCCUCUUGGGUUCAGAUGGGGAACCACUGAACGUUGCAUGGAGAUGAUACCAGAGCCUGAUAAUGUGAGAUGACCAGACCCACUGUGCUUGCUUUGGGCAUGCAUGCCUGUGUGGACAUCAAAACGUUGGAGAGACCUGGCUGCCUCCCCUCUCUUGCUCUGCCUCCCUUCCCAGUUGGGAAGGGUGAGAGAUGUGGUGUUAGGAUGAGAACUGCCGAGUCCCACAGCCAUCUCCAGGUUUCGCUUUUUCUGGUGAGAGGUAUGCAGAGACCGUGGGAGCCUGCUGCAAAUUGUUAUCUCAGCAGGGUACCAAGGCUUCUCAGCCCCAUCCGGCUGGGGAGAUGGUGUUGCAGCAGGCCCUGCAUGGGACGCUCGUCUGAGCAUAGGUGGCCCCGACACCUUGCUUCGAGGAGAGGCAUCGUGGGCUGUGCAGGCAAUGGCCGCACCAGGUGGGACCGUGGUGCCCGCCAGACAGAGCCGUGUGCUCCCUCCGGCUGGGCAGGCGCCCUGCAGACUGCCACCGCCUCUGCUGAGUGCUGUCACAUCGCCAGAGGCCAGACGAGGCCAGCUGUGGGGUGAUUUGCAUGUAUUUCCCAUCAUGCUUUGCACUGCCGUAUGUCUUCUGAAGACACUUGAUUAAAACCUGUGGAUCCAGAUGCUUCCGUGAGGAAGGUUUCCACCGAGAGGUCUCCAAACGCAAGGAGGGGGAGCAGGCAGCCCCGCGGUGCAGGGCCAAGCUCGGCCCUGGCCAUGCCAGUAGCCAUCUCUGUGAACUGUAGCCACUCCAAAGGCCAAGAGCAUGUCCCCGAGGGGUGGCCCUGCUGUCGGGGGCUGCCCCUCCAGGCAGCCCUGGGAGGAUGCUGCCAGAGAGCUGCAUCCCCCCCGGGCAACCCCAAUGCAGCCCAAACCCUCGGGCAGCCACGGUCCCAUGGAGCUCCUGCUGCAUCACGGCAUCCCACCGCUGAGGCAGCAAUGCCCGUGUGGAGGGUGCAAGCGAGGCCAUGCCCAACAAGGGACCAAAGACCCCCAAACCCCAGCGAGCAGCUGCUCCACACAAAGCUGUUAGUUGCCAAAUGCACCCCUGUUCCUUUGCCCUUCAGGGCUAUAAGCCAUAUCCAUGUUGCCAAUAUUGGCCCUGUCGGGAAAGAGCUUCUCCAGCUGCCUCUUCCCCCGUGGCAGUGCAUCUCGCUCUCCUUGCAUGUCCCGUACCAGGCACAUUAGCUGGAAAGCUAAUGCCAGUCCCUGCUGCAGGGGGAGGAACCACUGGCUCUGCCCAGUUCAACCCAGUCUGUACUGCAGCACUGACCAAGUGAGCUGCCAUCCUGGCUCCGAUUCCCCAGAGGCCUUGCGCUCACCAAGUUUUGCUUUGCUGUCUUGAAUGCUGGAUGUGUCCUUCAUCCUUCGAGCCUGUGGCUGCUCUAAGGCCGUUUCAGCUAAGGUCCCUCUGGCGUUCACCCCAGGCCAAGGAGCCAUGGGGUUCCUUGUGUCUCGGCUACCCCUUUGGGGAUGAGCUGGCUGGGCCUCUGGCCGAGGUCCCUGCGGCCAGCCCUCCCCUUGCAAGGUCUGCUCAAGUUUAUGACGAAGACCCUGGUGGGGAGAGCCUGGUCUGAGUGGCCCUAGUGCUUGGGAUUUUUACAUUAGGUUGCACAAUCAAGUAGCUACCAGCACUGGCUUUUUAGCAAGCAGGACUAGCAUUGCAGAAACAGAGCUUUGGGGUGAAGGCGGGGAUGUCCCAGGCAUUGGGGACAUGUCCCUGGGGGACAAGCACACCACCUUGCACAAGGUGGCCAGUCCCACUUGUGCCAGGGGCUGGGCCCUCGGUGCACGGUGCCCAGAGCAGCCUGACCUAAGGGACCAAGUGCCAAAGCUAAGCUCACCCCGACAUCAUCAGAUGCUUCAGCAGCCCCCCUGCAGCACCCGCUCCUGCCCGGGCACGGCCCUGGGGCUCCAGCUCCCCCUCAGGGUGACCACUUGGGGCUGUUGCCCCUGGGCUUGGGCAUUCCCUCCUUGUGUUUGAUGCUGGGGAGGCUGCACUCGAAAUACAGCACCCUCUUUGUCUCCCCCACCUCCUUCUCCACUGGGGGACCACAGCCCCAUGGAGAAGUGGAGGGUCCUGGGCGCUUCAGUCCAAGAGGCGGUGGGAGGCCAAGGGGAGGUGGGAGGCCAAGGGGAUGUGAUCAGCAGCUGAGGAGCAGGUACAGAUGAUGGAGGCAGACUUGGUGGCAGGCAGGUAGUGGCCACAGGUUGCAGCUCAGGAGGGUCAGGUUGGGCAGCGGGACAAGGCUCUCCCUGGGAGGGAGGUGCAGUCCUGGGACAGGUCUACAAUGCGGGAAGAAUCUCCAUCCUUGAGGGUUUCCAAGCUUGGUUAGCCAAAGCCACUGCCCAGUGUUGGGAAUAAUCCUGCUCUGAGCAUGAGGUUAGAUCAGAGACCUCCAGGAACCGCUGGUUGGACCAGAGACCUCCAUGAACUGUUUCCACCACCACCUUCUGCUGCACUAGGUUUAUGUCCCCAGGCUCAGGACUGCCUGAGGAGCCCCCCGCUCGCCCCGUGGUGCUGCUGUCAUCCCAGGCCAGGGCUGCAGCAUCUCCCAGUGCCACCCUCGGCUCCAAGCAGGGGCAGCUCCCAGCAUAGCCAGUGGGCCAUGAUGGGGGUCCGAAGGGCUGGUUGAAGAAGGUCGCUGUGGCAGGCAGCCUCACUGAGCUGGCGGGGCACUGCCUGAUCCCCCCUGCCGCCGCCGGGGCCAUGCGUGAGGUUAUUGGGGCUUUGCAGCUCAUGCUGUAGGAUGGCAGCGGCACAGAGAUGAGGGUGGAGAUGCCGGUGGGGUUGCCCAGAUCCAGGCAUGGUGGGAAAGUGAGCGGGGACCCGCAGGGCGACUGAGGCUUUAAUUAGUCCCUGUUGCCCGACGGCCAUGUCAGAGUGCAAGCAAGGCCCUGCCUGGGGCUGCCCAGCCCAUGGAGCCAGAGGGAGAAAGAAAACUGGUAUUUUUUUUAAUUAGAUAGCUGGAAAGAUGAGGUGGUGGGUGCUGCUGAUGCCACCCGUCUGAGGGCACUUGCAGGAAUCGUUCUCGCGAAUCAGUCUCGCGGCAAAGACCCGUGCAGCUGGGCACUGGGGUUUUGCUUGGCUUAUGUUUAUGGGGGGGGAGCAGGGGGGGAGAAGACAACUCUAGGAACUGGUAAGAGCGCUAAAAUCCUGUUAGCAGUAUGCGAGCAAGCAUGGGCCCGCGGCUUUCCGUGGGAAGCAGCGGAGGUGCGCAUGCACGCCUGUACACACAUGCAUACAUGCACGCACACGCACACACGCACACGCACACGCACAUGCACGCACACACGCACAUGCACACGCACACGCACCCUCGGAUUUCACGCCGCUCCACCGCGUUGCCCCGGGGUCUCGCAGGGGCCGCGUUGCCCGCGAGAGCAGAAUCCCGACCCUGCUGUUUUCCAUUCGGACUCUAAGCCUUGGUGGGGGGGGGGAACUGUGACUUUAAUACAUAAUAAUUCUUUUUUUUUUUUUUAUAAAAAAAGGGAAUACAACCAACAUAUUAAAGCCAUCUGCGCUGCCUCUGAUCCCCCCUCCCUUAGUUGUGUGUAGUUAAUAUAUGAAGACAUAGAUAUAUAUACACCAUGAACAGUGCAUGAGAUGCAGCCAUAUAUAACUAGCAGCAUGGUUAGAGCCGAGCGCAACGUUGCGAGCUCUGCACCAGUGCUGGCCCGCGCAGCGUGCCCCGGUGAGGCAGGCGUUCCCGGCAUGCCCGUGCCCGACCACGUUUCACCCGGCGGGGCAGAGACGGCGGCGAGCAAGAACUCCUCAUUGCCCGAGUGCUCUCCACCGUCCCCUUUAUUUUCAAUUAAAAAAAAAAACAAAAUUGUGCAAAAGACGAAAAUACGCCAAGAAACAAAGCAUGCCUAGGCCCAAUCCAGCCCUCGGCGGGUGAGCCGUCACCGACGCAGCCGUGACUUCCAUGUGUGUCUUGUGCCUGUAUCUUGUCGCCUUUAUCCCAUGGCCGGGUAGCGGCACCAUCGUGGCUUCGGCGUCCUGUGUCGUGUUGGUGCGUUUCACCGUCAAAGCAACUUUAGAAGCCAUAUGAGACCCCGGCGCGGCGGGACCCGGCGGGGAAGGGCCCGCGGGGCUGGGAAGGGGCAGCGCUUUCUCCUCCCGCUGGCGGCAUCUCCAGACUGGAAGGGCUGGGAUACGGCGAGGAGCUCACGGUGAAAAGGCCUUUCCGGAGCUGCCUGGGUCAUUUUGGAGCAUCUGCUGCAAGGGACUGGUCGAGCGUCCAGUUUCGGCGAGGGGGAAAGACCUGCCGCUUUCUUCCCUGGCCGCACCUGAAGCACCCAGCGUCCAAACGGCCCAGCUCGUGCCGGCGGCUGCCGAGCCGGGCGAGACCCCGCGCAGCCCCUCGUGGCCCUCGGUGCCGCUCUGCCACCCGGCGCGUUGUCCCCGUCCUGGUCUCCGCAGCGCUCAGCUCCGGCAGGAAGCUGCUUUUAACGCCCCUUCCUCUCGUGUGGACUCUCUGUCGGUUCUGUCUCUAUGUUGAAUCGUUAUUUUGUAACAAUAUCUGUCUCCUUAUUAAAGAAACGAGCUGAAAGGA